AUGUCUCUCGUGACUCAAAUGCUUGGCGAAGGAGAAGUGGCGGAUUUAUGUUUGUGGGAAAACAAGAUAAAAUCAGGCAUCACACUUGUAAUGGCCACACUUAUCUGGUUCCUACUAGAGAUCAUGGAGACUCCAUUUGUACCCUUUCUAUGUUCAAUCUUGUUACUCCUGAUGCUUCUUCUCUUCCUCUGGGUCAAGUUUGGACAAAUCCUUUUCACUAGGAGACCCCCCACUCCUGAAGAAAUCAAACAAGAAGAUUCCCCAGUUAGAGCCUUAUUUUCAAAGAUCGAAGGCCUUCUCUUCAUGCUUUACGAGAUUGCAUAUGGGGAAAACAUCAAAACCUUUCUCACUGCCCUACUUUAUGUGGUCAUCGUAGACACCGUUGGGAGCUACAUCAACCUCCUCACGAUUUUGUAUAUAU